GCUGAGCUCGAUCGCUUCUCUAUCAUAUCAUAUCGUGUUUGGUUUUCAGCCAUCUAUCCAUGGAGCUUCAAGGUUGGCCCUUUGAGAAGUUGAUCUUUUUCUUGAUUAUCGUCUCAUCAAUCUUUGUUCUCAUACUCUAUCUACUGAGGAUAAAGCUCUUUUACUGCAGCUGCGAUGUGUGCAGCGCUUACAUGUCAACGAGUUGGUAUGCGAAGUACAACAAUUUGUGCGAUUGGUACACUCAUCUUCUCCGCAACUCGCCGUCGAAAACCAUCCAUAUCCAUGUCCUCCGGAACACCAUCACCGCUAACCCGGAAAACGUGGAGUAUAUGUUGAAGAGCAGAUUCGAGAAUUUCCCCAAGGGGAAAGCGUUCUCGGCUAUCUUGGGGGAUUUUCUCGGGCAGGGAAUAUUCAACGUGGACGGAGAUUCAUGGCGGUUUCAGAGGAAAAUUGCGAGCAUGGAGCUGGGGAGGAGCUCCGUGCUAUCGUACGCAUUUGAAGUGAUCCAAACGGAGAUUGAUCGCCGCCUUCUUCCGAUCCUGGCGGGGAAGAAAGACGGCGGGGUGGUAGACUUGCAGGAUGUUUUCCGAAGAUUCUCAUUCGAUUGUAUCUGCAGAUUCUCGUUUGGAUUGGACCCGAAGUGUCUGGAAUCUUUGCUGCCGAUGUCGGAGUUCGCGGUGUCGUUUCACUUGGCGUCGAAGCUGUCGGCGGAGAGAGCCAUGAGCGCCUCCCCGGUUGUGUGGAAGAUCAAGAGGUUUCUGAAUAUAGGGAGCGAAAAGGAGCUGAGAAAAUCUAUUGAGGUUAUGAAUAUGCUGGCGAUGGAGGUGAUUAGACAGCGGCGAAAGCUAGGAACUUCCGACGAAAACCACAAAGAUCUUCUGUCGAGAUUCAUGGGGAGCAUCGGGGACGACGAAACUUACCUGAGAGAUAUCGUGAUCAGCUUCCUCCUGGCGGGCCGCGACACCGUGGCUUCCGCCUUGACCAGCUUCUUCUGGCUGAUCGCCAACCACCCGGACGCGGCGGAGGCCAUUCUCGCCGAGGCGGAUCGGGUGGUCGGAAAAAACCAAGAUCUCAUCGCGAGCGAACAAAGGAUGAGGGAGCUGAAUUACCUCCAAGCGGCGGUGUGCGAGAGCCUGCGGCUAUUCCCGCCGAUCCAAUUCGACUCCAAGUUUUGCGUGGAGGACGACGUGUUGCCGGACGGGACGGCGGUGAAGAGGGGGACUAGGGUUACGUAUCACCCUUACGCAAUGGGGAGAAUGGAGGGGAUAUGGGGCUCCGACUGCCUGGAAUUCAAGCCGGAAAGAUGGCUCAGAGAUGGGGUUUUCUUCCAAGAAAACCCUUUCAAGUACCCGGUUUUUCAAGCCGGACUUAGGGUGUGUUUGGGAAAGGAAAUGGCCCUUCUGGAGCUUAAAAGCGUAGCGCUGUCAGUCCUCCGCCGGUUCCGCGUCCACUUGGCUCAGCCCCACCACACCCCCCGCUUCUCCCCCGGCCUCACCGCCACUUUCCGCGACGGCUUGCCGGUUUUCGUUCAACAAAGGUAGUGCCCGCCCUGCUUAAUUAAUUAGCACGAAUCAUAUAAUAUAAGAAAAAUGUUCAAAUGGACUUUAAAAGUCAAUUAAGUUAGACUUUUUUAAGUUGUAAUUAAACCCAUCAACAUUUUAUUUUGGUGCAAUAGCAUAUUACUAAAAUUUUGGCAACUCUCCGGCACUAUUUCCGACCACAAAUUGAUCGGCGAUGGACGCUGAUCGUCGGUUGAUUUGCGGUCGAAAAUGGUUUUUAUUUUUAAUUUGUUUUCACAUAUAUGCAUGCAUGUACAAAACAUUUGGCUAUAAAGAAGCAGCUAGCUUAAUUAGCUGGUGACCACCUGGGAUGGUUUUUUCCAACCUUAAUUUCUCCGAAUCCGUGCUUUUAAUGCACGGUCUAGUCUGCAUCGACACCUUAUUUAUUGUGUAUCUGUAAUUCUAUAUAUGUAUUUAUGUGAAUAUAUAUAUAGCCAAAUUUGAAUGUUCAA